AUGACCUCGAGGGGUCCCGGCCUGCCGGAAAGCCAAGACUCUCCUCGCCUCCAAGGGGUCUCCUCACAAGCCGGAGUCUCCCGCCCCGAGGGAAGGUGGGUCUCGGGGGGGGAGGGAGACCUCGAGGAGCGGCGCCGUUGACCCGGGAAGCCCCCCCCCCCCAGCUCCCCGCGCUCCCGGGCGACUCACGUGCUGCCGGCGGCGUUGGCGGCGACCGGGACGCAGCCUGAGGCCCCGCCCCCGCCGGAAGCCCCGCCCCUUCCUCCCGGAGCCCCGCCCCGGCUGAGGGGACGCGCCGGAAGCCCCGCCGGACAGGUAAGCGCGUGGCGGGCCUCCGCUCGGCCCCUGUCCCGGCAGCCCCCGCGCCGACGCGCUCCUUCCCACAGUGCCCCGCGGCGCCUGGGUCGCUCCCCUCCAUCUCCCCCCUCAGGAGCAGCCCAGCCCCUCCGCGGCUCUUUCCCAGCAUCCCCUGCGCCCGGGCUGCCUUCCCACAAUGCCCCGCGGCGCCUUGGCCUGGGUCGCUCCCCUCAGGAACAGCCCAGCCCAGCUCUUUCCCAGCAUCCCCUGCGCGCCUCUCAGCCCGGGCUGCCUUCCCACAAUGCCCCGCGGCACCUGGGUCGCUCCCCUCCAUCGCCCCCCCUCAGGAGCAGCCCAGCCCCUCCGCGGCUCUUUCCCAGCAUCCCCUGCGCCCGGGCUGCCUUCCCACAAUGCCCCGCGGCGCCUGGGUCGCUCCCCUCAGAAACAGCCCAGCCCAGCUCUUUCCCAGCAUCCCCUGCGCGCCUCUCAGCCCGGGCUGCCUUCCCACAAUGCCCCGCAGCGCCCUUGACCGAGGGAGCAGCUCCUCCUUCCCAGAGUCCUCUGGGCUCCCUUGGUCCAUCUCUGAGGGGCUGCGGGAAACAAGAGCUGCCCUUUCCCCCUUAUGGGGGGUCCAAGAGGCCCUAUAGAGCCCUUUGGAGGUUCUCCCAUCGGUCAGAGAAAAUAACAGAGGCCAAGCAGAGAAUAUUGCUAGGAAGCCUGAUUUUUAUUGAUCUGUUGCAACAGGGUCCUCACUCACCACACGCAGGAGGGAGGAGGACCCAGAACCAAGGCGUGCCCGCCCCUAAAUAGACAUUUUAAAUUCCUUGCCCUGGAGCUCAAGACCACCCUCCACAAACAUCAUACCUACGUCACAGAAAAGGUGGUCUACAGCAGAAAUUUGAAUGCCCUAUAGGCAUUUAUUAUUAUUAUUAUAUUUAUUUAUACCCCUCCCAUCUGGCUGGGUUUCCCCAGCCACUCCAUUGGCAUUCGGCAGGAAAGGGGGCUCUGGAAGGCGGCUUCAGCCCGCUUGUGCCAUGGCAGCAGGAAGCCUGUAUUUCUCGGUGGUUCAGGUGUGACCAUAAUAAAGAAGGGGGUGGCUUCUUGCUCUAGGCAAGGCCGGUCAGAGUCAGACCUUAGACUUCCUUGAAUGUGGAGAAGAUUCUAGUUGCAAAUAGGAGCUGUGAGGUGGAAGCCCCAGCUCAGCUGAGCCAUAAGCUCAUGAUGUGGCCUUAAGCAAGUGCCAUGGACACAUGUGUGUUUGUGCGCACACACACAGCGUGGGAAUAAUGAGACAGGCCUGCUUUAUGACUUACUGAAAUAGUACAUUUCAAGGACUUGGAUAACUUGGGGGAAAGAACUGUACAGUGGUACCUCUGGAUACGAACGGGAUCCGUUCCGGAGCCCUGUUCGCAUCCUGAAGUAAACAUAAGACGCAUCUGCACGGGUCGUGUUUCGCCGCUUGUGCGCAUGAGCGUGAUGUCAUUUUGAGCAUCUGCGCAUGCGUGAACGGCGAAAGCUGGAAGUAACACGCUCCGUUACUUCCAGGUCGCCGCGGAGCGCAACCCGAAAAUACUUAACUUGAAGUUACUUCAACUCGAGGUAUGACUGUAUAACCACCAGGGGUAUAUAAAUUCUGUUAUCCCUUCUUGCCACAAUGGUUGUUCUUUCACGUUUCCCCAGGAAGAAUUCACUGGACACCCCCUUAUGAUCAUAAAUGAGACGGCCAGCAUGGAUGAGAAGCCUGGAGGGAGUGAGCUGUCUCCAGGGAUGCCCCCCUCCUCUCUGCGACGGGUUCCCCGCAAGAGGGGGGCAGAAGUGAGUGGGAAGGCGGGGCUUGCCAGCCAGGUCCCAGCAAAGAAGAAGAAGAAGGCGGCUCGCAAAGCCCCUCGGAGAGUUGCGCCUCAUUACCUUGUGCACGAGACGGACAAUGACAUGCUGCUGAUAGUUUCCAACGUGGAGGAGGCACGGCAGCGGCCGCUCCGGAAAGUGCCCAAGAAGAAAGGGAAGCAGAAGCAGCAGAAGAAGAGAUUGAAGAAGCAGGCGCUUCCACACGGGAGGAAACGCGUAAAAGGAGAGACUUUGGCAAACCGGCAUGUGGCUGCUGAGGAUCUAGGGGGAGAAGAAAGCAAGGCACUCCCCCUCAGCACCCAGCCAGCAACUGGAAGUUCCUGGGGCGAGUGCCUCCCAGUGGAGAUCCUGGUCCAGAUAUUCCACCAUGUUGUGGCAUCGGAAGGCUCAGUGCCGUUCCUCUGUAGGUAAAUGGAGCGCUGGCGCCACAGCCAAGGGGCAGGAAAGCAUCUUGCCUGAGGAGAAGCAAGAGGUCCCACAGAGCAGCCUUUGUCAACCUGGUGCUGGCUUCGUGGUUUGGACUGUGCUGUGCGGGCUGGGACUGAUGGGAGUUGUUGUCCCAAACAUCUGGAGGGCACCAGCUUGGCAAAGGCAGCCAUAGAGCAUGCAUUAUUUUGCCAGAUUACUCACAGUGAGUACCUGUAAUGCCCAGUGGCCCUGUGAGACGUGACAGUCAUUACUGGUUUUAUCUCUAGGGUGGCUCGCGUGUGCCGUCUCUGGUAUGGAGCGGCUUCCAACCCUGUGCUUUGGCAGAAGGUGACUGUUGGCCACUGCUGGGUUGCCCCAGGCCAGAAACAUUCUGUUCUAGAGAAGAAAGUCCUAGACACAAUGGGGUGGCUGGUUGCCAACCGGUGAGUAUUUGCUUUUCUUUGUGGGGGAUACAGUCUUUGUAUGUGAGGAGCAUAAGUCACCUGCCAGAUUUCACCGCCUUUUCUUUGGCAGUGACUCUGUGGCUUCCCUAUCCAUCUCCCUGCUCCUCUGGAGCCUAUAUGCAACAGGUCUGGAACGCAGAAUCAUUUUAUGCUCUUGCUCCUUGCAGGUUUUCUCACCUCCGAGACUUUGCUCUUUGCCACUGGAAAAGCCAUGUGCCUUUUGUCCUGAAGGUGGGUGAGGCUACUGCAAUCUUAAGCCUUUUUAAAGGUAAAGGUAAAGGGACCCCUGACCAUUAGGUCCAGUCAUGGACGACUCUGGGGUUGCGGUGCUCAUCUUGCUUUACUGGCCGAGGGAGCCGGCGUACAGCUUCUGGGUCAUGUGGCCAGCAGGACUAAGCUGCUUCUGGCGAACCAGAGCAGCGCACGGAAACGCCGUUUACCUUCCCGCCAGAACUCUACCUAUUUAUCUACUUGCACUUUGACAUGCUUUUGAACUGCUAGGUUGACAGGAGCUGGCACCGAGCAACGGGAGCUCACCCCGUCGCGGGGAUUUGAACCGCCAACCUUCUGAUCGGCAAGUCCUAGGCUCUGUAGUUUAACCCACAGCACCACCCGCGUCCUUUUUACUGGCAUGCAAAAACCCGAAUUUUGGAAGCGGGCAAAAGAUGCAAAACAAGACGACUGCUACCGUUUUGUUUAAUUUUUGUGAUACAGUGCUGUGUUUUUCCUUAAUGUAUAGAGCACAUUGAUGCCGGAGGCAAGGUAUAUUCUGCCAGCUAAUCUCCCUUUCCUGUCCCGGACUAUUUAGGCAAUUGGCAAAUCCUGCCCACUCCUUGCAUCUCUCAAGCUGUCCCAUUGCCGUGGGGUGACCACGGAGUCUCUGUGCACACUGGCUGGAUGCUGCCUGCAACUGGAAAGCCUGAACUUGCAGAAUUCUCAGGUGAGUGAUGGCUGUGCUCAGCAACUGCAAGGUAGUGUCUCAAGGAGAGGGCAGAGUUCCUGGAUCCCACUGCCUUCUCUUGUAGAUGUUCAGCUGCAGAUUGGUUGCACUAUUGAGCUCCAUAACCGAUGUCUCUCUUCUGCGUUUCCAGGUUGACCCUUCGGCCGUGGUCAGCUUUCUGGAAGCUGCUGGCUCUCGGAUCCGCCAUUUAUGGUUAACGUACAGCAGCCGGCUGAAUGCCAUUUUUUCUGUGCUUUUGGUAAACAUAGCUGAAACCCCAUGGAGGGGUUGGCUUGUCACAGAAUAGCUAUUGUACACAAUCUUGAAUCUCUGGCUGGGGAGCAGUCCUCCCUGAGGGGGCAGCUCACAAAUGAUGGAGUUGGAGAGGGUGCAUAGUGCAUUUAGUUCAGCCCCCUGGGAUUCAGUGCAGGACAUGCAGAACUGAAACACCCCCAGCAGAUGCAAUCCUUAGGCUGUGCUUGAAAACCUUUCCAUUUUUUGGAAAGAAAGUGCUUUGCAGUCUCUCGUUCAGUUGGCCUCAUAGUAGCACUUUUGUUCCUAAGGUUAGGGUUGGAGAGAGAGUGUGGUCCAAGGGGUAGAGCCUUGGCUGUAGAUCUGGAAGAACCAAGGUAACAGAAUUGCUUAUCCAAUGGACUCUCAGGGUCCUGUUGCAUUUGUCAUGUACCUCUCUUCCUGGGUGGCCAACUCCAUAGAGUUGUAAAGACUGAUGAGGGGGUGCAAUGUGCACAAAAACUUUGCCCAUUAGGAGCAUUGUAUAAAAAUGUAAUGAGUUUAAUGAUGUGUAGUUGGAGUACUGCAGCUCACAUCCAAAAAGGAAGUCCCUUCUGGAGGUUUUGUGGUGCAUAUUUUUUCAGUUUGUUCAGCUUGAGGAUGUGAAAAAGAUCCUAGGAAAGUUUGAGGCAAACCACCCGAAUGCUUGACUCUUGUCCACCCUAGCAGCUUAAAGCAUUUAGUUUAUCCAAGCCCCCCUCCCAUGAACUUGUCAAUGGAAACACUGGGUGUAAAUGUAUUUAUUCUUAAACCGGGAAUUGGGGGGGGGGGCGCAGAGGCUGCAUCUCCCAUCAACCCUAACCAUUGGCCAUGUGGCUGAAGCCAAUGGGAGUUGGAUGUCCAACAUCUGGUGUGCCACGAGUUAAAUAAAAAGGUGCCAGAAUGGGAUUGACUAAAUGGGUUCACAAGGUAGGAAAUGUCUCUUUAUCAUAAGGGGAGAUACCGGAGAAGAAAGUUGUGAACCCUUAUUCUUUUUGAGCUGCAUUGGCUCACAGUCAGUUUCCGGCCCCAGUUCAAAAUGCUGUUUUUUACUUCUAAUCAUGUACAACCUCCAGAAUGAAUUAAGUUCGUAACUAGAGGUACCACUGUAUUAAGAACAGCUUUGGCUCAGGGUGUCUGAAGGAACACUUCCUGGCAUAUGGUAAUAAUAAUAAUAAUAAUAAUAAUAAUAAUAAUAAUAAUUUAUUAUUUAUACCCCGCCCAUCUUGCUGGGUUUCCCCAGCCACUCUGGGCGGCUUCCAACAGAACACUAAAAUACAAUAACCUAUUAAACAUUAAAAGCUUCCCUAAACAGGGCUGCCUUCAGAUGUUAUUUUUCUCUUUGACAUCUGGUGGGAGGGCAUUCCACACAGCAGGUGCCACUACCGAGAAGGCCCUCUGCCUGGUUCCCUGUAACUUGGCUUCUCUCAGGGAGGGAACCGCCAGAAGGCCCUCGGCGCUGGACCUCAGUGUCCAGGCAGAACGAUGGGGGUGGAGACGCUCCUUCAGGUCUACUGGGCCAAGGCUGUUUAGGGCUUUAAAGGUCAACACCAACACUUUGAAUUGUGCUCAGAAACAUUCUGGGAGCCAAUGUAGGUCUUUCAGGACUGGUGUUAUGUGGUCUUGGCGGCCGCUCCCAGUCACUAGUCUUGCUGCCGCAUUCUGGAUUAGUUGUAGUUUCCGGGUCACCUUCAAAGGUAGCCCCACAUAGAGCGCAUUGCAGUAGUCCAAGCGAGACUGAUCACCAGCUGAGAUCUUUAGAGAAAGCUUGACUUCAUACCCCACUGUUGUCUGAGGCUAGGCUGGUGGGCAUGCAGGAUCAGACCUUCUCAUGGAAUCUAGGUUUUAACUAGUCCUGCUGGACCCCAGGGCCAUUUUCGGUUGUCAUUGAUAUCUGACUUUGCUUUCCAGAAUGGCAGCUGCCCAGAACUGCAGCUUCUAGAGGUGAACACAGAGAUAGAGCAAAGUACACAGCACUUCCAGCUUCCGAUUGAACAGCUUCAAGUAGCUUGUCCACAGCUGCAGGUGUGUCUGGAUUAACUGGGGUUGCGGGGCUGCCUUCUCUUCUUCUGAGAUGUGUAACAGGGAGGCCUUGGAGCACCCCACAGUCGCCUAACCUUGACUCCCUUGGGUUCAGGUCGGGGGUCACAAGCAAGAGACUUCAGCCAGGCCAGGGAAAUACCGUAUUUUUGGCACCAUAGGGCGCACCUAGUUUUUAGAGGAGGAAAACACACAAAAAAAUAUUCUGAAUCAAAUGUUGCACUAAACUAUUUAAAGCAGCAAAGCGGGCGGCUCCUGUCCGCUUUGCUGCUUUAAGCUGAGCCUCAGAGGAGGGUAGGAAGGGGAACCAUGGCUUAUCUAAGUCCAGUUCAUAAUGCUGAGCCUGACUUAGGGCCAUCGAGAUUAGACUGGCCGAAAUCUGGGGAGGCUGAGGUGGACUUUCCAGUGGUCAAAGUGUGGUUGUGUCUUCCUGCCCGGCAUCUAUUUCCUGCCCUCUUUCCCCCCUGCACCCCUGCACCCUGCUUCAAGGGAAGGAAGCGGAGCCAUGGAUCCUCUGCUCGCAACUGCAGUGGAUUCCCUCCACUUUGAAGCAGGAAAGUGGGAGAGGAGCUGCUUACACGAGCGUAAGCUGCUCCCCUCCCACUUUGCUGCUUCAAAGGGAGCCCAGGAGGAGGGAAUCCGCUGCAGCCACGAGCAGCGGAGGAUCCAUGGUCCCCUUCUUUACCUCCUCUGUGGUUGCUUGAAGCAGGAAGGUGGGAGAGGAGCUGCUUACACGAGUGUAAGCUGCUCCCCUCCCACUUUGCUGCUUCAAAGGGAGCCGGGGAGGAGGGAACCCGCUGCAGCUUCCCCCACCUCCCGGAGAGCCCGCAGAAGCCGUGAGCUCUUUAAAGGGGCUGCGCGGCUUCUCCUGGCUUUUCUGGGAGGUGGGGGAAGCUGCAGCGGAUUCCCUCCUCACUUUUUCCCUCCUGGGGAAAAGCCCGCAAGAGCGCACGAAGCUUGUGUGCGGCUCUUGGGGGCUUUUCUCACCUGCCUCCCCCCUGCAUUCGCUCCAUAGGAUGCACACACAUUUUCCCUUGCUUUUUAGGAGGGAAAAAGUGCAUCCUAUGGUGCGAAAAAUACGGUAGCUCUGUAUCGUAUGCGAGUGAGUGAAUGGUUUGGUAAUGUGCAGCGGAGACUCUUUGUCUUUGCUUUGUGGUAUGGAGAGGCAAGCCUGGGGGGGUGGGGGAGGUCUCCCCCCUUCCAAUUAUCCGGUAACAGAUGGCGUGGCUUGGCUUUCUUGCUUGAGUCACCUGGAGUUUUUAACCGCUCCACAGAUGCACGGUGGGUGUGGCUUUAUUUGUUGGUAUGUCUGAGAGAGGAACUCAUGUGGGAAGAUUCUCCCUCGGGGCAGGGAUUUGGGUUUGGUGUCUCCUUGCCCUGUGGCUGAUGAGUAACUCAGAGCUCAGGGCUGCCCUCCUCACCCUCCUGUUCUGCUUGUUCCUUCCAGGUCUUGCGCUUGCUCAACCUCAUCUGCUACCCAAAGCCCAUUCCCCGCGCGGCUCCCACUUCCCCUGGCUUCCCACAGCUGCAGGAGCUGUGCCUGGCCACAACCUCUUUCUCCUUUGUCGACGACAGCAUGCUGAAACGGAUCCUGUGCACUUCGAGCCGACUCCGUGUGCUCGACCUGCGCGGCUGCUUCCGUGUCACCCCCAAGGGGUUGGAGCUGCUGCCCUGUCCAGGUGGGUGUGGAAGGAUCUGUCACCUCUGUGUUUUCUAGGCCACUUUCUGGGCAGCCUAGUCGUCAUCCCAUCACUCAUGCUCAUACUUACCUUUGUUGGCAAAUCUGCUUGUUUAAAGCAGGGCCUGGCUCAGUCAUUUGUAGCAUGUGGUUUGGGACUCCUCCUUUUAGGAGCUCCCUUAGGCUGAGUUGUAUCAUUACCUAAUACUGCUGGGCUGCUGCCUGGGGGAAUAAGGUCUCCUCUUCAAUAUGGGUGCCUUGUUUGUGGAGGAAGCUGAGCCUACCCCCUAUGCAUCCAUUAUCUCUGUGCAGCCAUCCUUUCAGGCAUUUAUUCCCCCCAAAGAUAAAAGAACUCAGCGAGGGGAAAGGGGAGUUUGUAUGCAAAACCACAGUGAAGUAAAUUGUGUGUGUGGAGCACACAGCUUUGCUGUUGUCGUGUGUCGUUUCAGAGUUCUUAGGCACAUGAAGUUGAGACUACACAGAUCUUGGGUGUAGGGAGGUCCUCUUGGCCACCUCGUAAGGGGCCCUUAGCAGAGUUGUCCGGCCUGCAGUUUAUGGCAAGAGGAUGGUACAUGGGAUUUUUAGAAGUUGUCUAAAACAGGACUGCCCCAGUCAAAAGCAGUGGCGGUAGCGAUGAUAUUUGUUUCAGUGAAACAUGGCUGUAUCACUGGAUAAUGAGUUUGGCCUUCCAACCCUGUUUGGUGUAAGAUACAUCCCCGUGGCGGUUGUAUCACGUGAUUUUAUUCUUUAAUCAUUGCACGUUUCCUUGUUGUCACUACGCUUAUCCCUCCUGACGCCAGAUGUCUUCCGCAGACCUAGAGCAACUCUACCUGGGCCUCUACUGCAGUGCCAGCCACCUGCACCUGCCCCUCCAAGGCAGCCCCCUCAUCACCUGGAAGUGGAACCAUAGCUUGAGAGAGCUGGAUCUGACCGGCCAGAGCUUCAGCGAAAGUGAUCUGGAGCAAGCAAUGGCCGCCUUCACUCAGGGAGACAGCGCCAGAGGGGAGCCAGUCCUGCGCUCCCUCAAUCUCACGGGAACCAAGGCUUCCCUCCAUACAGUCAGGUGAGCUGCGGGGGUUUCCCCUGAGAUCAUCUUUUCCCCUCCUCCAACCCAGCUCUCUUCAACUCUUGAGGAAAACAGUGUGGGGGCCACUUAUAUACUACUUGGGUGCUACCUUCCUUAGAGGAAAGGUGAGAAUCUUUGGACAGAACCACUUCUGGGCUGUGUCUUGCUACUGUUCAAUAUAUCUAUAUAAUCAUUUAAUAUCCAUAACCCUUCAAAGUAAAAACAAGCAAACAAUUUCACUAUGGCUUAAAACAUACAUCUUAAUAAUUUUUUUAAGAAAAUAAAACAGCAAUAGUCAAAAACAGUUUCAUCACUAUUUGGAUCUUUGGUGAAAUGAAAACACCCUCUGUCUGGUGCUGAAAGACAGCAGUGUAGAUGACUGCCAGCAGUACAAAAGCAGAGGCGGUGGAUUUGUGUAGGAUUAUGGUUAGACCAAAAAGUAGCAAGUGCCACUCACAACAUGACCUCUGCUGAAUGUUGCUCCCUGUGCUGGCUCCGGUUUGCCUGGCAGGCAAGUCUGCCCUGGGAAUGCCCAGACCCACCACAGUCCUUUGGCUUGAGCUCCAGGCCCGGCAGAAUUCACUUGUUGGCAGGCCUGGCCUGAAUAAUGGCUGCUUUUCAGGCCAGCUUUCCCACCCACAAGCCCCCUGUCCCCGAUGGGACGGAAGCCACAUUCCUGAGUAGUUGGGAGGAACUUUGCACUAUUUUCACAUUUAUGGAAUCUCUUGUUUUCAAUCCAUUUGGGACAUUUUGGUGUUUCCUCCUGUUACUGACCUUUAUAUUAUGAGUGGCCUUGUGAUAAUCUAAUGUUUUGCCCAUUCCCCACACCAGCAAGGUUGAGAGGGAGCAAGCAAGGUGCACUGCUUAACAUUGAUCUCCUUUCCUUCUCCCCAUAAGCACCCUGAUUGCCAGCUGCCCUGCUCUCAGCUACCUCAACCUGUCAUCCUGCCGCCAUUUGCCACGGGGCAUGAAGAAGGUGUACCGGGGUUACGCUGAAAUCCGGCAGUGUCUGCAGCAGCUCCUGACCAGCUCGGAAGAGCCAGCCACACCAGGAGAUGCCUCAUAG